AUUCGUUUAUCUUUGCAGAGAGGCGUCCUGGAUACGCUAGGAAUACAUGGUUUAGUCGAUUUAUUUGACACAAAGUAGCAGUUGUGUACACUAAAAUCUCGGGAAAAUACAAGCGAAUGUGAUAAAAGCGAGCAGGCAUUGCAACCAGACCCAUGAUGAGUUGCUGGAUCUGGAGGAAGGUGCGAUUAACAACAGCGUCAGCUCAUAAACGUUAUUUCAGUGUCUGCUGAAUGCCACCGCUGAUUUUUGAAAAAUUUAAGCCACACUCACCAAGAAGAUGGACAGCUAUGGGUUCUCCAGUGACAUGUUCAGUGGCAGAGCAGUUCUGGGGGAGGACAGCUCGGUCAUGGCCCGAAUGCAGAAGAAGUUCUGGAAGACCAAGCAGGUUCUGAUCAAGGCCACAGGGAAGAAAGAAGAUGAGCAUGUGGUGGCAUCUGACGCAGAUCUUGAUGCCAAAUUGGAGUUUUUCCGUUCAGUCCAGAGCACUUGCACAGAACUCCUGAAAGUGAUUGAGAAAUACCAGCAAAGAAUCACACACCUCUCUCAAGAGGAGAAUGAGCUCGGACUGUUCUUGCGCUUCCAGGCAGAGCAUGAUAAAACAAAAGCAGGCAGUAUGAUGGACGCCACCAGUAAAGCCCUCUGCUGUUCUGCCAAGCAAAGGCUGGCGCUGUGUCCCCCUCUCCAUCGUUUGGAACAGGAAGUGGAGACGUUCCGGAGGAGAGCCAUCGCAGACACCCUGCUGACCGUGAGCCGGAUGGAGAAAGCCCGUACUGAGUACCGCGGAGCUCUGCUCUGGAUGAAGGACGUCUCGCAGGAACUGGACCCAGAUACUUACAAACAACUGGAAAAAUUUCGCAAGGUUCAGGCCCAGGUUAGAGGAACAAAAGUGCAUUUUGAUAAGCUGAAGAAUGACGUGUGUCAGAAAGUGGUCAUGCUGGGCGCCAGUCGCUGCAACAUGCUUUCACAUUCAUUAUGUACUUACCAGACAACGCUCUUACAGUACUGGGAGAAGACUGCACAUGUGAUGUCCGGCAUCCAUGAGGCCUUCAAAGGAUAUGUACCUUACCAGUUCACCACCCUUAAAGAAUUAAGAGACCCAUUGGAUCAAAUUGUUUCCACGCAGACAGCAGAGGACAGCAAAGACGAGGAAAAGAAGACACAUCCAGACAAUCUUGUUUCACUUGAAGAUGAACAGCUGGGUGAAUCAUCCGAUACUGUUUCUACUCCUGCGGUAGAUGGGCAGAGUAGAGGAUCUGACAGUUCUUUGUGUGCCAGUCUGGACUCUGCAUUGACUGAACAAUUUGGCCCUAUUGGUGGAGAUAGCACAGAUGAUGACCUCCUAUUAAUGACCCCUGAGCCUGGCUCGUCCCCUUCUCUCAUUCCAACCUUGACCCCAACCCCACACCCAUCCAUGUCCGUUAUGCAGCCUCAGAUACUGCAGGAGGUCUCAAAGCCCCCUGUUGUUCAGUGGGGCGUAGGUGUAUCACAUGAGGAAAUGCAAGAUGCCUUUAUCAGCAGUCUGUCACCUGAAAUAGUAGGCAGGGAUCUGUUGUCUGAGGUGAAAGAAGAGGACAGAGAGAGAGGUGACCUGGCCUUCCUGCAGGAUCUGCUGAGUCCUGGGGCUGCGGGCGGCACUAGUGAGUUUAGUAAGGCAUGGCAGGAUGCUUUCGGCUGUUUCGAGGCCCCUCCUGCUCCUGAUACUGCUCCUUCACAGGAAGCAGGAAUGGUAAACACACCCACUGGCUUCCUGCCGUCACAGCUCCUGGACCAUAGCCUUAGUGCCACAGGAUGGGCGACUCCACCCAUGUUUCAAGCCCUGCCCCUCCAACCACCUUCCAGUGGAGGACAGCCUACCCAGAAUACUCCACACUCCUCUGCCAGUGCACCUAAGGGAAACUCCAGGGACAUGUCUGCCUGGUUUAACCUCUUUGCAGAUUUGGACCCUCUGUCCAACCCAGAUGCUAUUGGACGCAGUGAUCAGGAGUUCCUCAAUGCCUGAGUGAAGGAUGCUCUGGAGCUGUAUCACAUCCAAAAUAUUAUUUGAUGGAAAGGAGUGCAUAUCCCAAGCCUUUAUUCGGAGCUGGAUCACUACCUCUCCUGAAACAAUUCAACUUGAGCCAAGGAAGCAUCCAGAGAUCUCUAUCCAUAUAACACUGGAAGGUUUCUGAGAUAUGGGAAUGUCUCUCUUUUCUCCAUUCUUUCAUUGUAUGUGUGAAUGUACUGUAUGUUCAUUAGGACACCUAUAGUGUUGUUACCUGAGAGCAAAGUAUCUGUUACUUUUUGAAGUGCACAUGUUUAAAGGGACGUGAAGGUGAGGAUUUGCCCAUCUUGCAUAUGGGGGGAUAUUUUGCCUAGGACUAAACCUGCAUAAAUGUGUGUAUAUCUGUUUGCUUUGUACAACGUGAGUUUUAAUGUCCAGAAACAGGGUUACAGAUUUAUAACAUCUAUGAUAGAUUAUAGACUGUAUUUUUAAUUAAGACCAAUACCUAAAGUGUGUGAUGUUGCGUGUAAAUCACAAAUAUUUUUGGAGUCUCUUUCACUGGAUUAGUUUAACCCUUAAUGAUAAAAUAAAUGAAAUUUAUUUAUUAAUCUAAUAAAAAGUGUUACUACUAACUACAUAUGCAAGUUGUGUGCUGUGCCAUUAGUUUGGUGGGAAUGAGAAGGUCACAGUUUAAUGGAGCUAAUCAUAAGUGAGGCAUUCUUGUUUUCAGAGACAGAAAUGGUGAAACACUCUCACUCAGAGAAAUUACGUCUCCUAAAUGUUCUUCACUGUCACAGUGUGAUGCAAAAACUGGAAUUAGUUACACAUUUAAUUUUAUCCCAUGAUCAUGUUUAGUCUCAUCAGGAGUGACCAAUCGGUUUUCUGUUGCAUUUCAGAAAUCAAGUUAUUGCUUGCACUAAACUGUCUCCGAGUCCAGUCUUGGAUUGUUCUAGAAUGUAUGUCGUCAGUUUUAAGGAUAGACAUGUUCGUUGAUCUGAAUAGCUUUGUCUGUACAUUUCACACGGGAUUUCACUACAUAUUUAACAGAGCACGUUUUUGUCUUUAAGUGGUUUAACAUUUUGAAGUGUCCAAAUUUUGUGUUUGGAACUAUAUUUUGAGAAGUUAUGUACCACUUUUUUUCUUUUCCUUUAAAAAAAAAGAAGAAAAAAAAGAAUGCACACCGCACCAUUCGCAGCUGCUUUCAUCUGUUUAUUUUAUGCAACUUGGCCUUUGUUUCAAUUAAAUAAUGUACAAUUUCAAUGAAGGAAACUGGAUUGAGAGCUUUUGUAUCUGAGAGCAAAUAAAUCUGAGUUGAAUCCCGUU